AUUAAAUUACCUGGAUAUUGGAGUUAAGAAGUAUCGUAACUGUCAGAACCUUUAUCCAAAUCAAAUAAGUUACAAACUCUGCUUAAGGAUUUGUUAAAUUUUGUGAUGUUACAUGUUUUAGGGAUUUACUUAAAACCUAAUGUGACAUAAUCUUAGGUCCUAUUUUGGAAUAAAGGAGAUAAGCUGGUACCUGCAUUUAAGUUGUGCCAUUUAAAGUGUGUUUCUGCUAUGUUUUAAUUAUGGAGACACCCUUCUGUAAAAGGUUUGCCAAAAAUCACUGGAUUGCAGGAUUUAUUGAAUCAAGCAGCUUAAAACAUGAUGGACCAGAGCACUAUGGUACUAUGAAGGCUAAAAGAGGGAAGUAUAGAUUGAGUCCAAAUGAAGAGGCACAGCUAGUUAAAGAUGAAACUGAGCGAAGACGUAAACAGAGAAUUAUACAAGUAAGAGAACAGUCCAAGCAAAAUGCUGAAAAGAUAAGACAAGCUGUUAAACUAGAAAGAGACAGACAAGUUACUAAAUUGGCUGUAGAAUUACAGAAUCAGUUAGAAAAAGAGAAAGAUGAAAAAGUUAGGAAGUUAGAGACUCAGUAUGAAAAUUCAUUGAAAAGCAUAGGUCAAGGUCAUAAAGAGGCAGUCGAACAAUAUGACAGAACUGAAGAAAGGGAACUUCUACAGAAGGAAGAUAACAGAAGAGCUGAAGCAAGGGGAUCAGCAGCCAUGGACAAACUCAAAAGGGAAAGAAUGUUUCGCGAAUUUGAAGAAACAAAACAAAUAAAAGCUAGACAAGCUGCUUUAGAGGAAGAGAGAAAAAGAGCUGCUAUGAUAGCUUCAUUGCCACCACCAGAUCCUGAUCCACUUCUAGAUAUCAACAUACCAACAAAAAAACCAGUAAAGAUGACUGAUGUAGAUAAUUUUACAACAACACAUUACCAUAUUUUAGAACAAUAUUCCAUUGAUAAGGCUAAUCCUGUAACACAGGAAGAUGCGCGAGCAGCGGCUGAGGAAGAAGAGCGGAGAAUUAGGGAGAGAUCUCAGGAGUUAGUCAGACUGAGUAAUGACAGAAUGGCCAGGGCGAGAGUCAGACAUAAUAAUGCUCUGGAAAAAGAAAUACUUAGUCAUGACUAUGAUAAGAUGCUGAUGGACCUUAGUGAUUUACAGAGAGCAGACAGAGAAAGGAGGUUACAUGUUGUUGCAAACAUUCCGAAACAAGUUUUUGAGCCACCUCACAGAAGGAUAGAAGACAGAGAAGACCACCAAAGAAAUUUAGAAACAGCAUUUGAAGACAUGUACAUGGCUCAAACAGAUUAUGUAGGUGAUUUAAGUUUAGCACUAGACCCACACCCACCUCCAGAGACACCUUCUACAACAGAAUCAUUAGAGGUAUCCAUAAUGACAGAUGGAACACCUGUCCAGGAACCUACAUUACCCAGAAUUCCACCAGUUCUUAGAGAUAUGACUAAUAUACCAAGAGCACAGGGAGAAAAGUCACCAGUAAAGAAACCAGAAAAAGUGUUGAAGAAAUUAAUGGAUAAAAUAAAAUCCCAAAGAGAUGAAUGGAUAUCUAAAUCUAAUGUUGAUCUCAAUAUUCCUGAUGAUACUACAACUAAGGUACUUGAACCUGGUAGACAUGUUCCUGGUACUGAAACAGAUGAGGUUCCUACCAAGCUUAGUGCUCCUGAAAGUACAGGAGACAUAUCUGUUGACUCAGUAUUAGAACAACAGAAAGAGUUAGAUCCGAUACUAAAUCUGAUGGCGUACGGUACUAACAUGAUAAACCAAAAACGAGUGUUAGAGGAGAAAUUGAAAGCUCUAGAAGGGGAGCAUGCUGCUUACAAACAAACAGCCAAAUCUAGACUAGCUCAUAAUGAAGGGUAUCCUCCAAUACAUACCCAGCUAAUGAAUGGACAUGCUACAUCAAGAGAACAGAUGUCCUCUAGAUAUUCUUGGUCUGUACCCCAAAGUAUGCAUCAACCUCCAUUGUCAACUGGUCCCAUCACAGCAAAACCAUAUUUGACAACAGCUGGUACUGCCCAGCCACAAAUACAACAGCACAUGCCAGUUCAGCAUACUGACAGAAUUGGUAUGACAGUAUCAGAACAACCAUAUCCCAUACCAGUUACUCUGUUGCCAAGAGAACCAGUUGUAUCAUCAUUACCAAAGCAGUAUAUUCCUUUGUCUCAUAGACAACAGGGUGACAUGCCACCACUGUCAUCGGUAAAUGUGAGUAGUAGAAUUCAGCCUCCAGCCUACACCUCAGCCCUCUCACAGAUCCUAACCCAGCAUGAAGCUGGAAGUUUUGGAGUGAGGCAGCCAGCAGUACAGUCGCAGCAACAAUAUAUUCCGCCCAGUGUAGCACCAGUUUCUGUGUUUAGUCAUGAGUCUGUUCAUCAUCCUUCAUUGUCAAUGAGUUCAUUAUCUGGGUCGUCUGGAGAGUAUUACCCACAAACUUUUCCUACUCCAUCUCUUCCCAUUCCAUCCACAGUUGGUCUGAUACCAGUAACAUCCUAUGCUGCUCAACAAGACCACUCUAAAAAGAUUAAAGAUUAUCAACAAUACUUACUACAACGUCAUGAACAAAGUAAAAAAGUGCUUGCUGAUACCAGAGCUGAAAUUGAAAAAAGGCGACAGGAAUUACUACAGAGAUUUCCACAAUUAGCUGGUCAAUCUCCUGAAACAAACAAAGGAGAUGAACAAAUCACAGCAGCAGAUAGUCGAGCAAAUAUUCCUCCCCCACCUGAGGUAAGCCAGACAAUUGCACAAACAACAGAACUAUCACCAAGUAAGACAGCUAUAUCUUCACUUGUGACACAACUUGCUUCAGAUCCAUACUAUGCACAAAGAUUGGGAAUUGGGAAAGAGAUAAACAGUAAACCAGAACUAAGUCAGACUAAUAAUAAAUUUAGAGAUGUUAAAAAGUCUCUUCCUUUUGAUGAAUCUCUACAAGAAUCACCUUACACUCAGGUUCAUGAUUCUGGUGGAAAAUUUAGACAAACAGAAUUUGACUCUACAAUGGAAACAGAUGAUAGAAGAGAUUUAGAUGAUACAGUAAUGUCAUCAUCUACAGACAGAGGGAGCCCUAAAUUACCAAUGAAUGGAAGACGAUCAGCCCAGUCAGCAGAAUCUGAUAUGGAUACAUCAAGUCAGAGUACAGGAAGAGAUCAAAAUGAAAUAUAUGAUAACAGACAACAGGAGUUAAAGAAGCAAUUAGAGGAAAUACAGAAACAGAAAGAGGCCAUAUUACAGAGGCAUGAUAUGGCACAUCUUAGACUACAUGCUGAACAGGAAAGACUUAAAUACCAGAUGGCAGAGGAAGAGAAAAGAUUGACUCCUGAUUUCACUUCAGAAGAUUCAACAACAGAGGUAGACACUGAUGAGGAAAGAAGAGGAGAUAUCUUGACAACUAAACACCUGAGAGGUCCACCGCAGAAACAAAAGUUAAAUCUUCUUGGUGAACAUAGACCCCAUGAGCUUAGUACCAUACAGGAGGUAGAUACUCCAAGGAGUGCACAGAGAUCUUUAGAAUCUGGAAAGCCAAGCCUUUCAUCUAGUGGCAGUUCAGUGUCAAGAAGAUCAUUGGAUUCCUACCACUUGUCCACAGGAACUAUCCCAGAGGAAAAGGAACCACAAGAACAGUUUGUCACACCCACCUAUCCUAGGACUGCAGGAGAGACUGGCUACCAAACUCAGCAAAUUGAACAGAUACUUGAAAGAGCUAGAGAGUUUGACCCUAGUGUUGUAGAUCGACUGAAGCAACAAACCAAUGAUAUUUUUGCUAAUAUUGCUACACCCCCACAGAAAGGAGGCACCCCAGGGAGUAACAUGUCAUUAUCCAUGGGAUCACUUACUCCUGAUUCUUUAUCAACAGGUCCUAUUAGUGACAGUAAUGUAUCUACGCAGUAUAACUCUCCUUCAGAUGCCCCAGCUUUUAAGGUUGUCAAUCAAAAGGGAAGAGACAAUAGCCGUAGUGACAGCUCAUACCGUAGCGGAAUGUCAUGGGCUGAUGAAUUAUCAAGCUACAGUGGACAAUAUCAUUCCAUGAAGAUGGACGACAGUAGUAAAACAUCAGCAGAUUCUAGACUGGAACCAAGUUCUAGGGUGCUUAAUUCUUCUAGUCAGGAAAAACUCAACCAUCAAGCGACAGAUGAUAGACGACCAAGUAAAAGUCCAGUGGACAGGAAAUAUGAUGUAUUUCAUAUGAAAAUAGAACAACCAAAUAUAGAAAAACCUGGCAGCUCAUUCAAUAGUCGUAACUUUAAGCAUGUAGAUGAAAGUAUUUCUUCUGAUUCUUCCAGUAGGUUGAAUAUACAAGAACUGUCAGAAAUAACUCCUUUAGAGAGAUCAAAUAAACAAGGUGAACUUUCUCAGUAUCCAUUACUUGAAAAAUCUGGACAGAUGGAACAGUCUUCCAGUGAUGAUCGUUCAAGGGGAUAUACUUCAAGUUCUGCUGUUAAUGAAUCAUCUGCUAGAGAAUCCCCAUUGGGCGGUGCUGAAGACAAUGUUGAAGACAGCAAACUUCUGAGAACUGGUGAAAGCUUAGCAUCAACUGCUACAUCUGCAAGUAGUUACAUGGAUCUAGAUGCUGUGAGUGGAAUAAAUAGACCUUUUGAUUUCAUUGGUCAGUUUAAAUUCACUGCAAAAGAUCACUCAGUGCCUAAUUCAAGUGAUGAUUUAAUAGAUCUUGAUUCCAGCAAAUAUACAGAAAAGGGUGGUUUUACCAGCACACCAUACACAACAGAAAAUAAGAUGUCAUCACAACUAUUGUCAGAACCAUCUCAGUAUGAUUUGACUCCAGGAGACAUCCAAGUAAGAAGUGGAGCUAUUCCUCAAUCUUUUGGCAUCAGUUCAAACCAAACUCCUGCAUUUGUUUCAAGAAGUGGUGAGUUUGGAUCUGAUUUCUCGGACCAGGGGUCUGGUGAAAAGAAAGUUGGUGUCACAUUAAGUCAGUAUAGUUUAAAAUCUGAUACACCAGGAGUUACUUUGAUUGGUAAAGAACUAAGUCAGUACACCAUUGGGUCAGAAAAUGUGUCACCACUUAGUCAAUAUAGUAUUGAAACCACAGAAAAUAUUUCACCUGACCAAGCAAUUAAAUCUUUAUCCCAGUAUAGUUUGGAACCUUCUGCUAGCCAAGACACCAAAGAUGAUUCCUCACUUAGUCAACAUAGUCUUGAUCCAUCAAGGCAAAUAUCUGGCUUCAGUUUAUCAAAGGGAGACAAAUCCAUGACACAAUAUAGCUUUAGCACUGAUUUAACUGCGGAGACAACUCAGUCUUCAGGACAUGAUCAUGUUGAUGGACAUUUAAGUCAAUAUUCACUUCAAACAAAUGAAAAAUCUUUGACCCAUGGAAAGCUAAGUGACUCAGAUUUAAUGCAUACUUCAAAAAUGCCUGCUACAGAUAAUUUGUCUCUCAGUCAGCAUGCAUUAGAUUCUACAAAUGAUGAUAAUGACAGCAUUGUAGAGAAAAAAUUUGCAAAUUUGGACAAUUUGAUACGGGAAUCUCGAGAUCUCAUUGCAAAACACAAAAAGUUAAUUACAAAAAACAAAGAAUGGGAAGAACAAUCAACAGAAUCUACGCCUGAAAGGAAAAAUGAUAAUCAGAAUAGCAACAAUAACAAUUUGAUUGAAAUGAUGGGCCUGAGAUUAGAGCCAGAAGUGAUAUCAACAAAGCUAGAGACAUCAGAGUCAAGUUUUAAUGUGACAGAUGAUGUAAGUCCAAUGAUGAUCACAGCUUCUAGUGCUGAUAUGACACAGGACCACUUCAAGACAGUUGAUUCUCUCUCUAUAGAUAAUAGUGUCGGACACAAGUUUGGAGAUUCUGCUCUAUCACGGUUGUCACAGCUUGACACUACAGCAGGUAUUUCUGAUGAACCAGACUUGACAUUGGUAACAGAAAGUUCCGAAGUCAGCAUAAAUCAAGAAGGACAACUCACUCAUCGAUCAGAGUGUAGCAAUAAUGAUGAUUCAGUAUGGUCAUUUGAACAACAUGAGCAAAGUGCAAGGAGUUCUCCAGACAUAACAGAGAAUGAUUUUCCUGAUUUACCUCAGGAUAAAGGGGAAGAGGAGGACCACUCAGGCCUUGCUGGUCAGACAUUACAAGAAUCAUUUGAAAGAAGACAGCAAUCAAUGCCUUCAGUGAAACGAGAUGCAGGGGAAGAUGUUGUGUUUAGAGCUGUUCCUGUUGUAGUCAGUCCAACAUUAUCAUUUUCUAUGAAAUUAAACUCUGAUAUAAAACCAAAGGCACCAUUAACAUGGGCAUCAGAAUUAUCAGGGGAACAAGAACUACCUGCUUUGGCAGCUGGUGCAAGACCUAGUUUUAAGCUUGCUGAACCAAAGCAUGUAUCUAAGAAGGAUUCAGUUAAUAAAAAAUCUGAGAAGCCAGUGACAGCAGUUUCCAAGUCAAAGUCAUCAGGAAAUUUGAAUCCAGCUCUUCAGCCUAGAAGUGCAGGAUCUGUCCCAUCAAUUUCAACAUCUAGUGGUGAUGAGAAAUCUCUAGGACAUUCUAAAUCUGCUGGUAUUAUUAGUCUUGGGGAUUUCUUGAAAAGGCAAAUUUCCAAUGAAGAUGACAAUUCAGCAAAAUCUGAAUCAUUUUCUCAGAAAAAUAACUCUGCUUUGGUAACAACAAAGAAUAAGCCAGGACCUAGUAUCAAUACUAAACCAGCUUCUGUGAGUAAAUCAUCUCCAUCUUUCUAUGGAAAGGCAAAGGAGUCAUCAAAAGUGUCAUCAUAUAGCAUAGGAAAGAAGGCAGAAACAGGAACCAGUUUGAGUGGGAAACCAGGAAUAUAUGGGAAAUCUCAGGGAGGAAAACCAGCAGGAAAUUCUCAUAUGUCUAAAACAUUGUCUUCAUGGAAGAAAAGUAGAGCUGUAAAAUCAUCAGGGCCUCCUCCACCACCAAAGCAAUCUUCUCAUUUUCCAAAUGGAGUUACAGAAUUCCCUAAACCAAGUUCCAGAAGUGAAGAGGAUGAAGCUUAUGAACGUCGUAUGAGGGCAUACAACCCUCGAUUGUUUAGAUUACAAAAUAGACUGGGUAUAGAGGAACCUGAGGAAACCCCAAAUGAGGAGAAAAAGAAGAGUCCAAAGAGUCGAGAGACAACAGAGGAAAAACAAAAAAGGGCUGCAGCUAGUAGAGAUAAAGUCAAAGAAUUCCAAAAGAGAAUGAUUCAGCUGUUUACUAUCAAUGCCCCAAAGACAGCAAAGCUUCAAGAAAACAUGAGAAAGAAACAACUACAGAAGAAGCAGAGCUCAUGACCAAUCAGAUAAGGGUUGCCACAUUGUGACGCAUAUAACGAGGAGAGAAAAAUAAUAUAGAUACAUGUAGGACAAAUAUUUCUUUAGAAAUGUACUGCUAAUAUCAAAGUCUAAUUAGAAAAUGAAGAAGUUUUUCUUGUUUUCACAGAAUAUAUAACAUUUAGCAUACCUGAUAUGUAUAUUUCACAAAGGAGCCUUUACCAGUUUUUUUUGGUUUGGUUUGGUCAAUUGACAUGUUAGAGAAACUAGAAGCUUGUAAAGUUGUAUCAUAAAUGUUAUUUAUUAAUUUGAUUAAGAUAUGCUUUUAUAUCUUGCCUGAAAUAAUAUUUGUAAUACAUGUAUAUUGAUUUUUGGAAAUGAUAUUAACCUUUGAUGGUUUUUCAUUAAUCUUUUAUUUUAUAUCAGUGUUUAUAGAAGUUGUAAUACAUCAUGGUUAUGAAAAAAGGAACAAAAUAAAAGAACUAUUUUAAUUCAGUUUAAUUUUUUUACUUCUAGUUUAUUAUUGAAAAUAACUAUUUAGUUGUGAAGUUUUUACUCUUGUUUAAAUCUGACCAAUAUGAAGAGACAUAUAUAUGUUAAUUGUAAAUUUAGUUUUAUACAUAAUAAUUCUAAUGGGCACAUAGAUUAAUAGAUUUUGGAGAUAGGCUGAAAUAGAAUUGUUAGUGCUGUAAUUUAUUUUUGUAUAAAGAACUGCCAGAUGGAGUGUGUCGAUUCUGUGAUAUUAUAAUAUAAUUAUUGGUAUUUUUAUAUGCGAAAUAAAAAUUUAAAACUGAA